CCUUCGCCUGGUUCGAAACUGCAUCACUCCAAGAUCAAGUUCUCUCUCAUUUUCACUUUGAUUUCCACUACCAAGAGGGGAAAAAAAUGGCUGCCAUUGAUAAGCUUGAUGUGGAAGUUGAGGUGAAGUCUCAUGCAGAUAAGUUCUGGGGACUCAUAAGGGAGUCUGUGACUGUCCUUCCUAAGGCUUUCCCUAUUGAUUACAAGAGCAUUGAAGUUCUUGAGGGCGAUGGAAAGUCUGUUGGAUCUGUUCGUCUUGUAACUUACGGAGAAGGUUCACCUAUUGUCAAGAUUUCCAAGGAGAAGAUCGACGCUUUUGAUGAAGCAAACAAGACGAUGGCAUAUACAGUGGUGGAGGGUGAUAUCCUGAAAUUCUACAAGCAUUUCAGAUGCCACAUUACUGUAACACCCAAGGGAGAUGGGAGCACGGUGAAAUGGCUCUGUGAGUUUCAGAAGGCCACCGACGAGGUUCCAGACCCACAUGUCAUUAAGGAUUUCGUUGUCAAAAACUUCAAGGAGAUGGAUGAUCUUGCUCUCAAGGCAUAGGUCCCAUUUUGGUGGGGGGCUUUCCGAAUAUUAGGGUCUAAAAAUCAAUAAAUAAUGGGCAGGCAGUACUGCAUUCAUCUUAAUUCGUACGUAGUUACUUUGUUGGCUGAAAUACUUAUAUGUUCUGGAUGAUGUUAUUUAAAGAGAUCAUUCUGCUGCUAUUAGCAAUAAAUAAGGAUUAAACUUGAAAUGCA